ACGGCCAUUUCCGGCGCGGCGGUUCCAAGAUGGCGGCGCUGGCUCUGAGGGGUUUGGGGCGGCGCUGCCUCCUGGCCCGGCUGGGGCCCGGCCCCACCCUGCACCAGGCCGUCCCCAUGGGCACCACGGCCCGGGAGGAGAUGAGGAGGUUCUGGGAGAGGAACGAGCGCUCGGGGCGGCCGCUGUCCCCCCAUGUCAGCAUCUACAAGUGGUCGCUGCCCAUGGCCAUGUCCAUCACCCACCGUGGCACCGGCGUCGCCCUCAGCCUCGGUGUGUCCCUGUUCUCGGUGGCCGCGCUGCUGCUCCCUGAGCAGUUCCCCCAUUACCUGGCCCAGGUGCGGGCUCUCAGCCUGGGCCCCGCCCUCGUGUGCUCGGCCAAGUUCCUGCUGGCCCUGCCCCUGAGCUACCACACCUGGAACGGCGUCCGCCACCUGGCCUGGGACCUGGGCAAGGGGCUGAAGCUGCCGCAGGUGACGCAGUCGGGGCUGUUGGUGCUGGCCCUGACCGUGCUGUCCUCGGCCGCGCUGGCGGCGCUGUGACGGCCCCGGGGCCUUCCCGGGAUCCCGGAAUCCCAAAAUCCCGGGAAUGCCGGAAUCCCGGAAUCCCGAAAUCCCCAGAUCCUCAAAUCCCAAAAUGGAAUCCCGGUAAUCCCAAAAUCCCGGAAUCCAAAAAUCUUGGAAUCCCGGAAUUCCGGAAAUCCUGGAAUCCUGAAAUCCCAAAUUCCCGGGAAUCCCAAAAUCCUGGAAUCCCAGAAUUCCAGAAAUCCUGGGAAUCCAGGAAUCCCAAAAUCCCGGGAUCCC